CGAUGUGCGCCAUCGGGUGAGGCGAUGUGCGGGCAGCAUGCAAGCAGUGGCAUGUCACGUCUGUUCGAAAUCCUCGACAAACUCUAAAUUAGGAGGAGUUCGCUGCUAGCCAUCACCCUGGAUCUGUCUGGGCUGGUCUUUAUCUUGCUACGCAGCCUUUCAGCUUACGACUGUACCGAAAUCUCCAAACCCCUAUUUGUUCAGACAGAGCGACGUCCAAUUGACCUUGACCUGUUCCUCCCACGCGUCAUUGCACUCGACCUCUCCAUCUACCAGCCAGCCAGCGCCUCUGGAGCAGGCACUCUGCCGAGACAACUCAGAUCUACUCGACGCCGAUAACCCUCUCAGGGACCACUCUCAGGGACCACUCCUACUUGUCAUAACAUGGAUGUCGCGUACAAUCAGCAUUCGAGCCACGCUCGACGCAAAAACUGGUCUAGCACCAACCUCAACCACCUGACGCUAGCGCCCCUCACGACAAAGCUUCCAAUUGGCGAUGCCGAAGACCUCGCCGAAGCCCUCACAGCGCCCCCGGUGCAGACCACUUCUUACCUGCAGGGCAAGUCUGCUCCGACCACGCCGGGCCUCCUUUCGCACUCGCCCGCCCGGUCAAGGUCGAGGUCCCACACCAGAAACGACGGGGCGAUAGCCGCCGGGACCCUCACCAAGAGUAAAUCUACAACUCAUCUGCACCUGCGCAAGUCAAAUGGCGGUGGCCACCACAAAAACUCGGGCAUCCUCUCGCCCACCACUAAGCGCCGGAGGGACGAAGCCGGUGGCGGCCUCUCAUCCAAAGACCGGAACGACAGUGAUUGGAUGCUCCGCGCCGGAGCGGUCCUGAGCGGCGAGUGCCGUGAGUCCAAGGGCCAGGCCUGGCUCGUGUCCCGUGCCAGCUCGACCAGCUUGGCUGGCCCUGCUGGCACACCGCUCGACCUGGAGGAGGCGGCUUUCGAGCGGAACCUCGCCCGCGAGCGUGAACACCAGUACCACGGCCUCUGGUCCAGCAGCCGUCGCCACAGCCGUCGGGGGAGCUCUGCCGCCCUGGCUCUGGUGGACGACGAGUUCGUGGCCGUGUCUCCUCCUGGCAGCCGGCUCGGCAGUCGCUCUCAUAGCAGGGUCAUGACGCCCAUGGACGAGCGCCGGCGGUCGUUGGAUGGCAGCUACUUUGGCAGCCACCGACACGCAGAGUCGCCCGACGAGAUGGCCGGGCCCGACUUUGUGAACCUUGACGAAAACCUUGAAGCGGUCGAGUUGGACACGAGCGUCGAAGACGAGGCGGUCGUCCGGCGGCUCGUCAAGAGGGAACAGGUCGGGUCGGGUGGUUUCUGGUUUGGCAACGUCCUGGGUUGGAGGCUGUUCUCGGUGGAGGAGAACGACGCCGAGUCGGACGAAGAUGACGAAGACGGCGAGAGCUACGCUACUGGCGACUUGGGCAUCGACCCCAUUGGCGGGGUCUCGGCCGACGGACUCCCGGAUCAGAAGCGCAGUGGCCUGAGGCAGUUCGAAGGCAUUACAAGCAUCCCGGAAAAGCGGGUGCCCCCGCCCAAGGCCGACGAGGGAGGCUGGCAUGAUGCCGCUUGGCUGCUGAGCGUUGCGUCCAAGGUACUUCUCUAGACCUGUGCCAAGCACCCUGGCGCAUGGCCGCCCUCCGACACUCUACAUGCCGGAGGUCUGUCUCCCCGCUUGGCAAGUGCAUAUUCAUCUACCUGCAUAUUGGCGGACAUGGAAAAAGCCCGACGUCACCAUGUGACGCCGUCUCCGUGUGCCUCACCCAUGCCAGCCCCCAAGCCGCCGUACAGGCGCCGAACUUGGCAUCGGCACACCGUCAUCACCUCCAGCUGAGCAACACCACCCACCAUGUCGAUUCAUGUCAGUGGGCCGACAGGCUACCGUCGUGGCGUCGUGGGAUUCGCCCAGCGAGUCUCGUUCACCCAUUUCGCGUGAGGAGCAGGCGUGCCAUGCGGUACCGGACGUGGAGUUGCCGGCGGCGGCUCUCAAAGUCAAGAUACUGCGCCCUCUGCUGCAUGCCAGGGCUCUCGCAUAUAGCCAUCACACUUGGUCGGGCACUCGCUUGGUAUUCCGGGGGUUUUGCCUUGUCCUCCAUCACCUAGAGCCUGGAGAAGAGGGGGGCAUGUUUGCGCCAUGUCUCAACUAGGAGAGUCCAGCCGCCGGCCAUGGCAGCAACGAGCAUUCCGCUCUGAGGCGGCCCGACAGAAGAUUCUAAGGAAUCGAGGUUGUCAUAUACUGCGUAUCCGUACUGCCGUAUACUACUAGAUCUGGAGAAUUAAUGUUUUCCAUGCCGAGGACAACAGAAAAAAGUACACUUGCCAUGCCUCUCUUUAUCAGGGAACAGAGUACCUACGACUUCCCUCUCGCUGCUUCCUGGGAAGCAGUGUCGUUGCUGUGCGCGUUCGCCAGGGGGGGAGUCCCCGGUUGUGCUAGACACGGCGGAGCUGGUCGGGAAGAAUGACCAUUUUUUGGAGACUACUAGGCUUUGGCGUGGACCAAAAACCUGUUUUCGUGGUGUAACUAUGCGACUGCAUAUGCGGGCCCCAGCGGGAUUUCUCACUGAGCAUGUAGAAACGGAGGAGUUGCCAGCCCUUUUGGGUUGCCGAUAGGGGAAACGGUGGUCUAUGGUUGUGGUGGUGGUGGUGGUGGGCUUGGAUGUGCGGGUGUGGGUGCUGAAUUGGUUUUUUUUUUUUUUGGGAGCGAGGUGCGACGGCCUCCAAACCACCGUCACUACCUACCACAGCAAACCGAUACGCUCCGACGAAGCGGAACAGCCGUGCCGAGCGCAAAGAGAGAGGACCGGGCGCCGGGCGCUGCCAGGGAGAAGCUCUGUCCGGGAUUCCUAUUAAGUCAGUGAUCGGCGCUCCAGCCCUGCGUAGAAUAGCGGACGAGCAGGCGGGGGAUGAGAACAGCCAGUGUGUGGUGUCGGCCUUUUUUUUCCCUUCUCUUUUUUUCGUUUCCCUUCUCCUUUUUCUCGAUCCACGAAGUUUCCCGGCUCUUGUACAGAUCGAGGAAUAACAUGAAAUCCCGGGCUGGAGACGAGAAGUGCUCAAGUUCUUGUCAUGGAAUGUGGGUGCUCCCUGGAGCCCGUACCAGGCUUGAGCAGCAAACAGAGCUGGGAGGGGGGGGAAAAUGUCUGAGGCGGAGGGUCCAGCUUGGUCCAUGCUGUGGGUUGGCAAGUCUCCCGUCACAUUAAAAUCCUUAGUUUGGAAAAGUGGUACCCCCGUUCGGGUUCCCUUUCCCCCCCUUUAUUUCUUCCUUAUUCUUUCCAUCCCCCUCACAACGCUUGCUUUUCUUUUGGGUCGAGUGCUGGCGUGACUGGUUCGGACGGCUGGUGGAGGGGUGGUACUCUGCGGAGCAGGCUAGACCGAGGUACCUAGCCGGCCAGGAAGAGUAAAUCAGGGUUCGUUCAGCUGGCGGAAAAGGGGGGGAGGGAGGAGGAACGGAGUGAGCGACGGAAGCGAGGGUGGACUGAUGCGGCGGUAGCGGGUAUCCGUGUUGGACUGGGCUGUUCCGCUUGCUGGCUUGCCCGCUGCCCGGAUCGCUCGCUCGCUCAAGAGAGGGGGGGACACGCCCGCACGAACCUAGCGUCCAAGAAAUGUCGGGGC